UAUUUUUUUUAUUUUUUCCCACAAGUUGAGUGAAAGUAAAUUAGGUAAGAAUAUUUCUUAACAAAAAAAAAGUAAGAACAAAUCCUAAAUAGAAAUAAAGUGCAACCCGAAUAACAACCCGGGUCAUCCUCGCUCACACUCUUUUACUCCCACAAUAUCUCCUUAUUCACUAUCUUCUCCCAAAACCCUAAAUUCUUCUUUCUUUCUCCUCUCUCUCUCCAACCUCCGCAACAAUGGCGCCUUCUUACGACCACGACGACCAUCACAGCAACGCGCCACCAUCAUCGAACCUCGACACCAGCGGCUACGACCCCAACCUCGUACCCGACUCCGUCAAAUCCUUCGUUGUCCACCUUUACCGUCACAUCCGCGAGAAGAACGUCUACGAAAUCCACCAGAUGUACGAAACCUCCUUCCACACUCUCAGUGAUCGCCUUUUUAAGGACACUCCUUGGCCUUCUGUUGAUGCCAUUGCUCCUUUCGUCGAUAACGAUCAUGUAUUUUGCUUGUUGUAUCGUGAGAUGUGGUUCCGUCACUUGUACGCGCGGAUGCAGCCGACGCUUAAGCAGCGGGUUGAUAGCUGGGAUAAUUAUUGUAGCCUUUUUCAGGUUGUGCUUCAUGGGGUUGUUAAUAUGCAGUUGCCCAAUCAGUGGUUGUGGGAUAUGGUUGAUGAGUUUGUGUACCAGUUUCAGAGUUUUUGUCAGUAUAGGGCUAAGAUGAAGUCUAAGACUGAGCAGGAGAUUGCUUUGCUUCGUCAAGCUGAUCAGGCUUGGAGUGUGUAUGGUGUUCUCAACUAUCUGCAAGCACUUGUUGACAAGUCAUCGAUCAUCGAUAUAUUGGAGCGGGAGAAAGAGGGACUUGAAAAUUUCACUGCAGAUGAUGGGUAUGAUUAUAAUGGUGGAAGUAAUGUUUUGCGGGUAUUGGGUUACUUCAGCAUGGUGGGAUUGCUUAGAGUUCACUGUCUGUUGGGGGAUUACCACACUGGAUUGAAAUGCAUGCUUCCAAUUGACAUUAGCCAGCAUGGUGUAUAUACCACUGUAAUUGGAAGCCACAUCACUACUAUCUAUCAUUAUGGUUUUGCCAAUCUUAUGUUACGAAGAUAUGUUGUGGCCAUUCGUGAAUUUAAUAAAAUUCUAUUGUAUAUCUACAAGACAAAACAGUAUCAUCAGAAAUCUCCACAGUAUGAGCAAAUACUGAAAAAAAAUGAGCAGAUGUAUGCUUUGCUGGCAAUUUGUCUUUCACUAUGCCCCCAGACCAAACUUGUUGAGGAAACUGUAAACUCUCAGCUUAGGGAGAAGUAUGGUGAGAAGAUGAGUAGGAUGCAAAGAUAUGAUGACGAGGCAUUUGCUCUGUAUGACGAGCUUUUCUCAUAUGCGUGUCCCAAAUUUAUUACUCCAUCACCCCCUAACUUUGAUGAGCCGUUAGUCAAUUACAAUCAGGAUGCAUACAGACUUCAACUGAAGCUUUUCCUUUAUGAAGUGAAGCAACAACAAUUGCUUUCUGGUGUUCGCACCUUUUUGAAGGUCUAUUCUACCAUAUCUCUUGGGAAACUUGCUACAUACAUGGAAGUGGAUGAAGCUACAUUGAGGACUAUUUUGAUGACAUACAAGCACAAGACACAUACCGUUGAUGCUGAGGGCAAGAUCAUAUCUAAUGCUGAUAUUGACUUCUAUAUUGAUGAUGAUAUGGUCCAUAUUGUUGAAUCAAAGCCACCCAAGCGAUAUGGUGAUUACUUUAUGCGUCAAAUUGCAAAGCUUGAAGGCGUGAUGAAUGAUAUGGACAGGAUAAAGUUGGAGUAGAUAACAAUUUUGUUUAAUCUGUAGAAUUUAUUUCAUGCCUGUUCCUUUUGCUCGUAUUUUAUGACGCUGUGAUGCUUACAGUGUACCUUUUUGUUUAUGGAUGUAUUAUUUUCCCCUCCAGUCUCGAAAUCUAGUUAGAUGGAAAGUUGGCUUUUGUGAGAUGGAAUCUAUAUUUUAGAAGGGAAAAAUAGUUCUGAUCUCAAGCAAUUUUGACUCAUGUGCAAGUGUAAUGCCUUACUGAUGCUUUUUGUUUGAAAGUGUACAUUUACAACAUGACAGAUCUAACUCCAUA